AUGACAUUGCAAACUUCACAACUACAGCAAGCUUUCGUGACAGUGAGUGCCUGCAUUUAACAGAAAACGUCGCUCAUUUGAUAACAGAAAACACUAGCCUCCACGAGCUUCGCCUGGCUUCAAGUUUAGCACUUUCCUGCCCCCCAGGGGCUACAGCCGCUAGAGCAGAGACAGCCCGCGGGUGGGCUGUUGCACUCUACGAAUUGACCACGACACGAGCCGAGUCCCGACGCAGAUGCGUCGACCCAUGGGCAGGACAUUGCGCUGCCUUCGGUUUUUUUUAUGGGAUUGCCGGGGGGUCUUGCAAAUUCUUCCCCACGGCAGUCCAACAAAAAAACCAGAAGAGAGCCACCAGAAACGCGCAAGAAUUCGCAAGCCGCAACGCGCGCAAACGCCUCACGGCGGCGCCAGGCAAGAACGAGGGGCGACCUUGACGGGUCAAGCAAGAAAAUGCAACGCAUGGCCGCGCUGCUUGGGUCUCUCUACGCGCUUACACCCGGCGGGGCUUCUUCUUUGUUUCGUCGGGUGUCCUUCGUCAGAAAAAGGCGGGCGCACUUGGCGGGGGCGUGAGGCUCCGGGCUGAGGCUGGAGCCCCUCAUCUGGCUGACGUCUUUCGCCAGGAUAGAGGCCGAGGCCUUUCAUCAGACUGAUGCCUUUCGUCAGGCCAGCGCUCUGCGCUGGGCCGGCGGCUUUGGUCGGGCAGGCCGGAGUCCUUCGGCAGACGUCUUGGGCCAGGCUGAGGCUUUUCGUCCGGGCGAAGUCGCUCGUCAGGGCUGACGCCUUUCGUCAGACUGAAGGUGAAGCGCUUCGCCUGGCCGACGUUUUUCGCUGGGCCAAGACUCACGCCUUUAGUCAGGUUGGUGGCUUUCUUCAGCUCGGCGCCGUUCGUCAGGCUGAUGCACUGACCAGCCAGGUGGCGCCUCUUGCCAAACCGGCGCACUGCUUCGCCAGGCGUCUGCCUUGCGUCGGAACAGGCGGGGCGGGGCCUCUCUUCGGGCUGCGGAUGUCUUUCGUGAGAUUCAUUCUGUUCGUCGGACUGACGUCUUUCGCCAGACUGACCUCGUUCGUCGGACUGACGUCCUUCGUCAAAGGUCUUCGCUUUCGUCGAGGGCCUUGCGCCACAGGUCUGGCGUUAGUUUUUCUGGCAGAGGUCGUUCGUCAGAUGAUGUCUGUCGUCGCGGGUGGUCUCUUGUCAGAGGUCUUCGGUCCAAAGGUCUUGGGCCCAGAGGUCUUGGGCCCAGAGGUCUGGGGUCCGGAGGUCUUGGGCCCAGAGAUCUCUGAUCCAGGGGUCUAUGGUCCAAAGAUCUCUGGUCUGAAGGUCUUGGGUCUGCAGGUCUGGUCCGAAGGUUUCUGGUCCAAAGGUUUCUGGUCCAAAGGUUUCUGGUCCAAAGGUUUCUGGUCCAAAGGUUUGGUCCAGAGGUUUCGGGUCCAAAAGUUUCUGGUCCAGAGGUUUCUGAUCCAAAGGUUUCUGGUCCAAAGGUUUCUGGUCCAAAGGUUUCUGGUCCAAAGGGUUCUGGUCCAAAGGUUUCUGGUCCAAAGGUUUCUGCCUGGUCCGAAGGUUUCUGGUCCAAGGGCCUUCGGUCCAAAGGUUGCGCCCCUACCCCCGUCGGGCAUUUUUCUGGCUUCUUUUCUGGUAGUCUGCCACGGGGCCGCAGCGUAAGUUCCGACAAGAAAUGAAAACGGUUGGAGACUAUCGGGCUUUAGAGUGAGGAGAAAGGGCCGGAGGCUAUCGCCAAGAGCCUCGCGAGAGAAGCUGCCUAAUCUCCGGCGUGGUAUGCGGGGAGUGUUGUGGCGGUGAUCAGUGAGGAGAUUAAUAGCCUAGAUUAAUAAUAUAGGUUAAUAAUAUAGAUUAGUGAGAUAGCUUAAUAAUGUAGGCUUAUACUAUAGGUUACUAAUUAUAUAUAUUUUUUUUUGUUAUGUUUUUUAACUAUCGCCUUAUAAUAAGUAAUUUUUCCGAGAAAGUGCUCCUCUUCGUGGAUAGACGCUAUUUUGGCUCAUGCAUAUCCAGUGAUACUAUAUUCCCACACUACAUCAAUUACAAAUUAUUACGACCUAGAAAAAAUACUAGAGAGUGUGACAGAGAUUCAACGUGAAGAAGAGGAAACGGUUUUUCAUACUUGUUCAGUCUACAUCAAAUGUUCACACCAUCUUCUGCGAGAGCUGCACCAGUUGCAACAUAAAAAAGACCUCGGAACAAUCUGCGAGAGCUGCACGAGUUGCAACAUCAAAGCAGAGUUCCUAACAAAUACCAUCGAUAUCAUCUGCAUUUGGUAGUCUGUUCAUCUAUCACAUUCAUUCUUCAAUUAUGCAACCGAUCAAGAACCAUCAUAAAAGUAUUCUCUUGAGUAAGCAACUUCAUGUCGAUGACGAAUCAUCUCAUUACACCACUGCCUGACCACAGAAUGAAGGGUCCUUCUUAAAAAUAUCUGAAAGUCUCUAACUAAUCUAUCAGUAAUAAAUGUCCAAGUCCCCCGAACAAUAACAAUAUCUGAACCGACAAAGAAAACCUAAUGAUCUCCCUUCUUCGGUAACGAGAAUAUCCGGCUGUAUUUAGUUAAAAGUUUUCUCUACAUAUGCUUGGUCGAUAUAAGAUAGACAGCGCGUUGCUUCCUCGAU